AAAGCGCGGACUUUUUCUCCAAGAUAUAUGUCGAAGAAACGCUUGAUCUAAGCUGGCUAAUAGUUGGAAAGGACGCGUAGCACGAUGUACCCAAUGGCGAUCUGGUGUGAGUGAUCGAGCACCUUUAGCUGGGGUCUCUAGCAAAAUCAAUGGGGUCGACUUCAUGGUCGAUACGGGACACAGGCUCGGUGUAGCGCAGUACACAAAAUGUAAGGAAAAAAUACAUGUUGUGAAUUUCAUGGCAUGAAUCAAAGACAUUACCAAGAAUUGUCCUACUAAACUCUUAUUUAAUGAACCAAGUAGUGCUUGUACAACAACCUGUCUUCGUUACAUCUGAUAACAUAAGUGUAUAAAUACUGAUCGGACUGAGCUGUGGAUGUUACAAUUACAGUCCAUUUCGUAAAAUGUCUGAUCGCGAUUCUAGACUUAGAGCCAUCGAGUCAGCUGUCGGGAUUAUACCGAACUUUCCAGUGAAAGGCAUUCUCUUCCGUGACUUCUUUGGCGUUUUCAUGAAUCCUGUCUUAACCCAAUAUCUAUUGGAUGAAUUAUAUUAUGUGGCGACAUCCGAGGCAGCGUGUAAAUGUAAAAAGAUAGAUGUUGUUGUGGGCCUCGAGUCACGCGGCUUUCUUCUUGGACCAGCACUUGCCCUUCGUCUGAACUGCUCUUUCGUCCCUAUUCGAAAAGCAGGAAAACUUCCAGGUCCUUGUUACUCUCAUCGAUAUACAUUGGAAUAUGGAACUGAUACCGUAGAAAUGCAAAAGAAUGUUAUCAAUUCUGGUGAUAAUGUAUUAUUAUUGGACGAUGUUUUAGCCACUGGUGGAAGUCUUGAAGCUUGUGUUAAUUUGGUAAACCUAUCUGGAGCUAAGGUUUUAUUCAGCUUGUUGUACAUGGAACUGAAGAAUCUGCCUGGACGUAAAAAACUAGAAGAUCUUGGCGUUCCUGUUUAUUCACUUUUCCAAGUUUGAACAUGCUGUCUUGUGUGGAAAUGCCUUAUUCUCUCAUACUUCGUUCCAUUUUUAUUACUUGACAUUAGUUAUUUUUCCUGCAUAUCUGAGAUACCGAAAUGCUUUUUAUAUAUUGAAUCAUAACGUGUUAUUGUUGGUUGUGGAAUGUGUCUCUUAAGCAAUUGAGUUCACUUCUGUAUGUAGUUGCUUAUCUUAACUAAUUUCCCCAUUAUUUUGAUUUCAACUGUUCGGUGACUUUGCUUGUAUUAUCAAUGACCGUUAUUUAAGAAAAAGAAGACUUUUCAGCAAAGAAAGUUUUUUUCGACGAUGUAAUUUCCUAAAGCUGUACUAUUGUCUUGAUGAGUGAUUUUUUAUGUGUACUAGUCUAUCGUAACAUAGAGGGGUUUUACAAUAUUAUCAAAAAUAGUUACAUUUAUUUAAGUGGAGGUUAGUCACAAUAAAGUCCUUUUCAAUGAUAUAGUCGUUGUCGAAAACCUUCAAGUAUUUCAAGUAAUAGUUUAUAAAUCGAAGGGGUAUUAUUUUAAUGUAAUUAAAGUUUACAAGUAUUUCAUAAGGAAGGUUGCGUCAUCUAACAAAGUAAUUAACAAUCAAGUGCUUAUGGUAUGUAAUAGUUGUGGAAGCAAUAAAAGAUAUUGAUCUAUGGGAUAGAAGAUAGAGAUAAGUGUCUACUUAAUAACGGAGGAGAAGCAGAUGAUAAUAAUUAGCAAUUAUAAUUUGUAAGUUGAUUACCAUGGGAGAAUAAGGGGUUGAACGUGGCUCUUCUUUACACAGAAUUCAGUAUUAAUAUGGUUAGUUACUAUAACCUCAGCUGUGCAUAAAUUCCUCAUCCAAACCUUUUUUGAGGAUUUUGAACACAGAUAUGCGUGGUGGCGUGUGAACUGAAUUGACAAUGUGUUCGAGAAAUGAGCUAUUGAGUGAUUUGUAUACCCCUUUAGAUAACCAUGCAUGGUAGUGCUAGGAUAUUCGUUUACCAAGGGCUCGCUUCUUAUGGCUAACAUAACCAUCUCUACAAUAACAAGGAAACUGAGCGAUACACAUUAAGGUGAAUCGAAAUUGCAGUUUAUAUUUUACACUUACUGUAGAAAACAAUCUAAAGCCCUGCUGAAUAAAGUAUUUUCCAAAGAUCUGGAUGGUCUGUGCUUUGAUAUCUCAGGGCUAUUUUUGUUGUGUAUGUAUUAGUGGGCUUCACUGCAUAGAUUAAGCUCACUUCCAGGUAAAUGGAUAUCUAUCAGUUAACUGUGUAAGCCACUGUCCAAAAUUACUAGUUUAAUGAAAGUGGAUUGCAUAAAACUAAGGUGAAUGAUUUAGAAAUGAUCGUGUCUGAUCAUCAUACGACAGCUACUCUUGUUAGUUAGUUUCACAAGCCUCCAGUAUGACGGUUGGUUGGUGUUAACAGGGGCUGUCAUUGCAUCAGAUUAACUGUAAGGGUUUGUGUGGUCGUGAAGAUAGGUACAAAUGUUUGGUGUUCUAGCGUGGUUAUGUCGUAUCUCCAAAGUGAAUACUAGUUUUUUAAUGUUAUUUUGGAAUGUGGUAUCAUCGCCAGAGUGAAAUUGCAGAGGAGGAAAUUAAGAUAGUCAUUGUUUUAUGAUGAAGGAUUUAGUGAUAGACGAACAAGGCUUCUGGUUAUUAGAACAGAACACUGAUCGACAAAUGAUGUGCAGUGACACGAUGUGACAGGGUGAUGUCUUCUCAUGAGACCAGAUUGUUGACGUAACUGCCGAAUGAACAGAUAUGAGAAGAUAAAUUAACUGUACAGCAGAAUAAGUUUCUCACUGAAUAGUAGUUUAACACAUUUCACACAGAAGUAAUAUGACUAGACUUCAUGAACUUUUGGACAGUACCAAUUUCGUAGGUAGCUCACUCCGGUGAAUUCGGACUUAACAGUUCUGUCUAAUUUUCGUCUAACUUGUCAUUGUCAUGAUAGGUCAUCUGAAUUGGUAGGACUUGAGAAUUAGUCAGUCGACACGCAACAUCACUAUUGAUAGCAUUAAUAUUUCGACUCGUUAGCUAUUGAUCGUCUUAAGGUUCACCUUGGUCUGUUGAUGUUGUGUUAAGUUGGGCUGUCGAACAUAUGUAACAACCUGUACUUUGAUUAUAAUCCGCUGUCUGUGACAAAGUAGAAUGGUACGGAUCUAACAUUCUUGCCAAAUACUUCGUAUUUCCUGUUGAUUUCUGAUAGUCUAGCGUAUAACCAAUCUAAUUUACACUGUAGUGUUCGAUUAGGAAACGUUAGAAAAACGAACCUAUAUUUCAACGAAAUCCGUUUGAAGUUAUCUCAAGUAGCAUGACGAAGUGAUUGGCACGUAUAAUAAGACUGGUGGUUAGUUAAUUUUCCAUACUAACUAAAUAUAAUCUCACUUAAUUUUCACCUCAGUCAAUUGCAACACAUAUUUUGAUAAAUUGUCUAAUCUACGAGAUGCAAAUGCAUUUCCGUACAUCAAUUUCGGAAUCAUGCUCAAUUUAUCUCAUAUAGUGAGUUGAAAAUAUAUUUGUCAAAAAUAUAGGCAAAAGAGAAGAGCAUCAGUGGUGUAGAUACGUAUGUAUCAGAGUUAUCGUUGGCAUGAUCUCGUUCUGUUUGCCUAUUAACAUGAAUUCUUCGUCAGACGCAUAACAACUGUGUAAUUUGAUAUUUUGUGUUUGUACAUCUCCCUAUGAGUGCCUUAGUUGUACAACUUGAAUUAUUAUUCGUUCUAAUAACUAGUGCAACAAAACAGGUGACAGUCAAUUGAAUCAUUCUGACUUCUCGAUAACUCUGGUAAGAUCUGAUAACAAACCGUAUGAGAGUGUCAUAGUAUUAAAUGUAAUCGCUUUGGUUUAUACAUGGUUAUGUGUCUUGUUUGUGAUUGUUAUCCACACAUAUGUUGAGAUGAUGUCAUGUGUGUAGUUCCGAUAUUGUUAAUUAGAAUCAUCAACACAGUGUCUUCAGCUAAUAUAGAUCUUUAUUCUAUUUAUCAACUAUGACACACUGGAUGUGAGAAUAAUGAUAAGUAGUAGGACAUCGGGAAUGGGAUCGAUAUAUAUUCAUUAGUUGGUUGGUCAGAUAAUAUCCUGUAAUGAGCGAACUUUGAAAUUUUUGAAUAAAGUAUCUGGUUUGAUGACUAGGUUCAAGGUAGCGAAGUAGUGAUGUGGGAAAUUCUACGCUACACUUACCAUUAUUGACGAAAUAUCUGUGAUGGACUUCGUGCAUAGUUUAAAAUGUAUCCAAACUUCUAACAACUGUAUAUUUUCAGCUUUCAUUUGUGUUCCUCAGGAUCGAUCAUGACUAAAUUCGUUAAAAACAUGGUCAUAGUUGUGACUAUGAAAUCAAUUCAUGGUACUCGAACUAUAGAACUAGCGAGUAAUUUAUUGUUAGCAUACUCUUCGUUUAAGGUGAAUUAAUAUCAAUUUCAAAAGUAAUUAUUCUACACAGCGCUUUUUGUAGAGAUAAUCCUGAUGUAAAGUAUUUUGUAGAUAGAUUAUACUAUUCAACAAACUGUUUUCUGGUUUCAAAACGUAAAACCUAAUGGUUUGAAUAGUUGGCGAUUCAGUUAAGUAUAGAUGGUUCAAAUAUAGAUAUCUAGAUUAGUAUUAUGUUUAGUGACUAUUUUAAAUAGCGAUUAGAAACGGUAGAAUGUGUGGGUAGCUGAACCUUCAGACAUCCAGUAUGAAUUGGAGAGCUAUAACAUCUUAAUUUGGUAAAUUGUGCACGUUUGUUUAGUUUCUGCAGAAAUCCUCGUUUAGUGGGAGUUUUCCAAUGUGAAACAUUGAAGAAUAAAUAACCUGGAGAUGAUUUAUUUGGGGUGGAUCAACGAACCAAUGAUAUUAUUUUGAGGAUACACUUCGAAACAUUUGCCUAUAAGAGAUCCGAGAAAAUAAUAUUUAACCAAAUUACUGGUCCAGGUGAACAAUUUAUUUAUGAAAUGACUGAAUGUAUUUUGGCUAUCAGAUCUUGCUUUCAACUGAUUACUUAAUUAAGAUAAAUAGACGUACUUAUAAGUAAAUAAAUAAUAUCACGAGUGUGUAAUGUAAACUAAUGAACUUUACGUAGAUGUUAUUACAAAUACAUUUUUGUAUUGUUUAAAUUAAUUAUGGUUGAUUAGUAUGUUGGAAUGCUUGUGAAGUGUUAGAAAACAGAUUUAUACGUGAAUAUAUAUCUGGAUUAUUUCAGAAAAAUUAAAAUAUAUUGAGUUUUUGAUACUAUGAAUCCCGUAUGCUUAGAAAGCAUUUCUGAAAAUGAUUUGUCUUCUUUACAAAGAUUUUACAGACUUCAUUCCACCCACAUAAAUAAUUAAUGAAAGAAUUCACAUACGCAAUUAAGUUUCCGUAUGAAUAAAUUAAAAUAUACUUGUUUUUCUAUGCAGUAUCAAUUUCACAUCACUAUAUUUAAUGAAAAUUACACAAAAGGAAUGUCGUGAUUAAACGUCUGCAGCUAAUUCAACUAGAACUUCAUAUCAAGUUUACUUUUAAUCCAUUUUAUUUUGCAUGUAAAUAAUCCUUGAAAUAAGAUGGUGGAUGGAGGUAGUGAACAGGAGUUUCUGAACCUACGUUUCGUGCUAGCAAACAGAAGCCGUUAAUUAGUAACGCCCUAUCAUGUACAGAUAUGUUUGAUUGUAUUUUACUACGUAGUAACGCCUGGUGACUGAUAUUUCCUGUAAUAACAAUGUGAAAGUCUAACAUUGUUUUCAUCCAAGUAGUUAGAUUUAGAUAAAUCAAUCAUAAAUCGAUUACUAUGUGUAUUAUCGGUUAUCAUUUUGUUGUCCUUACUUAAAGAUAAGUUUGUAUCUUGUUAUUAUAUGUCAUAUGAGUAAACCACGUUGGAAGAUUACAUUAAUUUCGGUGCCUCCAGUGAAACUUAAAAUACAGUUUGUCACUUCUUGUUCACCACACAAUUGUGUCAAUCAGAUGAAUUCAAAAAUAUGCAUAGAGAUAAUAUACCACUGUUUUUUUCUAAAUUGGAAAGUCGUCGGUAAUUACUUUUUAAAUGAAUAGAUAGAACAAGAAAAUAGGGUUCUGUGGCCAUUAUGUCGAAAGCUAUUACAAAAAAACUGAAGAAGCAGGAUACUUCUCAUGUUUAGAAAGGGAGGUGAAGUAUGCAGAAAAGUCUUGACUGACAAUUAGAAAAUAACAUGCUAAGAUGACAAAUAAGGUGGAAAUAAGGAUUAUAAACAUUGCCAAGUAACUGAUUUCGUGUGCACUUUUGUUUAGAAAACUAAAUCUAAGAUAUAUAACAGGUAAAGACUUUUCCAGCUGACUUAAGCUUACACGCAAUAACUCAGCGCGAAUAGUAGGUCAUGAUUAAUUAAAGUGUUUCCUUAUAUUACAUUGGAUGCAAGGACUCAAAAAUGGUAGAAAUUGUUCAUUCACCCGACUGAUGUAGUACUGUCAGUCAGUCAGUCAGUCAGCCACAACGUAGAACCAGGCACAUAUAUGCAUCGGUCCAAGUUGCCAUACCUCAUUAACACAACAAGAUGGACACCGGAUUCAUAUAAG